GACAUCUACAGAGAGUGAGAGAGAGAGAGAGAGAGCAGCGGAGCGGACGGGUGGAUGACUACAGACAGUCAGGAUGCGUGAAUACAAACUGGUUGUUUUAGGAUCAGGAGGAGUGGGGAAGUCAGCUCUGACCGUGCAGUUUGUUCAGGGUAUCUUUGUGGAGAAGUAUGAUCCGACGAUAGAGGACUCUUACAGGAAGCAAGUCGAGGUCGAUGCACAGCAGUGUAUGUUGGAGAUCCUCGACACAGCAGGAACAGAGCAGUUCACAGCGAUGAGAGAUCUCUACAUGAAGAACGGUCAGGGUUUUGCUCUGGUCUACUCCAUCACGGCUCAGUCCACGUUCAACGACCUGCAGGACCUGAGAGAGCAGAUCCUGAGAGUGAAGGACACGGAGGACGUUCCCAUGAUCCUGGUGGGAAAUAAGUGCGACCUGGAGGUGGAGCGGGUGGUGGCCAAAGAGUCCGGAAUCGGCCUCGCACGCCAGUGGAACUCCUGCGCUUUCCUGGAGACCUCAGCCAAGAGCAAGAUCAACGUCAACGAGAUCUUCUACGACCUCGUGCGACAGAUUAACAGGAAGAGCCCGGUUCCAGGGAAAACUCGUAAAAAGGGGACCUGUCAGCUGCUCUAAUUACAGUUUUUCCUCACCUGACCAACAACCAACCAAUCACACCACAUCUUCCAGCUGGCCACGCCCCUUUAACACAACCAUGUCAUCAUCAACAUCAGACCUCUGUUCCCGUGACAACCACAACGCCCAUCCCCCCUUCACCACACUGUCUGACGGAGACGGUUGCCUUUGAAACAUUAAAACCAAACAUCAAAAAGACCGCAGUGAUGAUGAUGAUGAUGAUGAUGAUGAUGAAGAAGAUGACGAUGACGAUGAUGAUUCUGCUGGGACAGGAACGGCGGCUGUUCCAACAACUGCCCCAAUUUAAACCACAGUUCCCACAAUGCUCUCUGUUUGCGAGGGGAGUGGCUUCUUGCUUAUUUCUUUUCUUUUCUCUCUUUUUUAAAUUUUCGAUCUGUCCCUGAGCCCCUCACACACAGUUUUCCUCGCUCUUUUCUAUCAGCCAUGUUGUUACCAUGGUUACAUCGAUGAUGUUUUGGGUAACAUGGCUGACUGUGCGUGCGUGGCUCCGGUAGAACCUGUGGAUUCAUUCAGUGAUUUAUUAUUAUGAUUCUGUGAAAAGAUAUAAAAGUCAUUUCAU